ACUGAUGNUGACAACACUGACUGCAUUAUAUUUACCUCGGUGUCGGUGAAGUGAGAAGUGGAUGCAGUUUAUGAUGUGCAGUGACAAUGAUGACCAGUAACACAAAAGUUAGCUCGUCCCAACCUACAGGAUGGUAGAAACAUCGUCCAACAGAACCACCAACGGAGGCAAUAUUGCCAAUGCAGGAUACCUGUCCUCCAUUCCAGGACGUGUGCCUGGUGCUGCAAACGCUGUGCGAGUUCUACCCGCCAUCGGAGGGAAUUUUUAUGGCCCUCGAGAUCGAUUCAUAAAUGGGGAUUCUGGCAAAAAUGUCAGUUUUUCCCUCGAUGAUGGCGGGGUUUAUAAAGGUCCUUCCACUAACGGUAUUCUAAAGAACGGCUAUGCGAUCACCCCGGGUAUUGGUGACAAUCGCGAUCCAAAUGGAAGAAUAUUUACGCAGAACAACGGUGGUAGCGAGGCUAAUACCUUUGCGAACAGCAAUGGUCUGAACCCAAACCCAGAAAGAGAUGUUCAUCGUGAAUCUGAACAACUAUGCAGGACUUCUAUGAGUAAUGGUGAUUUAAUAAGAAACAAUGGGGUGCAUUGGCUAUCUGACACUCAAAAUGACAAUCGUGUAUCUAAUGGAGAUCAAUUUUCUCGUGAAGAUGUUUGUGAUUCGUUUGUAGAUAGAGGAUUGACUGCGAUUGUUCCUCCCGGAAGAAGCUUCAGCAGCAACCAUGUAAAUACGAUUCAUAGUACACAAAUAGUAAACUCGGAUAGAAAAAAUCCAGAGGACGCCAAUCUUGGCAACGGAACUAAUUACAUCAAUCGGUGGGCAUCACAACAAAUAAACAUUCCGAACACAAUUCCUGAACAUGACCAAGAAGGAAGUGUUCCACCCAUCAUCCCUCGCAAUUCCAGUAACACCAGCAGCAUGAGCAGCAGUCACCCUAGCUCAAGUAGUGGACAUGUAGCCUUCAAGCAGUGCGUGACCUAUACUAAACAGGCCGGAGAACCUCUUAACCAGCCUACGGUAGGCAGGGGGGUAUUGAAUCAAUCAUCUACUGAAAUCAUCCCUGCAGGUAUACUGAGAAAUGCUCUCCGGGAUUCCAACUCUUCUUCUGGGCCUACAGAAGGCGGUGUUGUGCUCGGCAGAGCUGCUGAAGAUAAGGAAAAAGUUGUUCGAAUCGAUCCAAAAGUCGUAGACUUGAAAGAACGUACCAAAACUGGUAUCGGGUCAUCGUUCAUUGGGAAAAACAAACAGACUCGGCCGUUUCUAAGUAGUUUAAAUCACUUCCUGGGGCAUGGAUCAUCAAGCUGUAAAAAUGGACCUUUAAGCCAGGCAAACACUAACACUAAUGACAAUACUCAGCAGUCCCAUACGAAGGACACGAAAGAUAAUUCUUCGGCCGCUGGCGAGGAGUUACGCAAGGCCGCAGCUCUAGGAGAUCUCGGCAAAAUUCAGACGCUCCUCGGCAAGCCUGGAAGUGCAGCUGGUGCCCAACUCGUCAAUUCUUUGGAUGAGGGCGGGAGCAGCGCGCUACUGAGGGCGGCGUGCGAGGGCCGCGUAGCAGCGCUGCGUCUGCUGCUGCGUCACGGCGCUAACGUCGACCAUCAGGACCGCCUGAACGGGGACAGCUGCCUUCAUAUCGCCGCUGCAAUGGGACGAAGAAAACUGACAAGGAUUCUUCUAGAGGCUGGAGCCAAGCAAAAUGGUUUCAAUAAGCAAGAGGAAACUCCACAGGAUAUCGCCCGAAGAAAGAAUUUCCAGCAAAUUUUGGAAAUCCUGCAAAAUCCCCCGGCAGUCGUCAGUCCUGAAGAGAGACUCAAAAGGGAGCGAGAACAGAGCAAGAAAGAAGGAACGAAUAAUAUUAGAAGGAAAGAAGAUAAAGGCGAUAAAAGGGAGAAGAAUAACGACAGUGGAACAAGCAGUAAAGACAGCAGCACCAGACAAAAGGACAAAAAGAAGCUUAAGAGUGAAAAUCGAGAACGCCGGAGUGGCGGCUGUAGAAGCGGCGUUCACUGGUCGCCGUACGGCUGCCACAGUCACACCGCGGCUCUGGACCUGCCAAAUAUCGACUCAAGCGCGCUGCCCAAAGGCGCUCUGAAGGCUGGCGAACAAUACUACGUUGAUCUCGCCGGAAACGUUAAAAAAGGCCCGGUGGCGGUGGGCAACAGCUGCUACUGCGCUCCCUUCUUCAAGAAGGUGGAACACAAGCUCGAGUCUGACAAGGUCGCCCUCAUGGACCACAUCGACGCGCAUCAUGAGAAGCUCGACAAGAGAAUACAUUCGCUCGAGCGGAAAACCCACACGCACAUACACAACCUCAAGCAAACUGUGCAAAAUAAGCUAAGUGAGGAGCGCCGUGAGUGUCUGCAGAGAACCACCGAGUCUGCUGCUGACAGGGAAGCUAGACUGGCAGCCCAUGCCCAGGGUCUGCAGCAGUGGGUUGAAAAGAGGCUUGAAGCCCACGACCCUGCCCUCCCUCCGACCCUAAGAAGAGCCCUUAGCAGGAUAGGGUCGGGACGUCACCGUGAUCCCGUUACCGGACUCUACUCGCUAUCACGGUCGAGAUCAGAAGAAGCGUUAACGGACGCGAUGUCAGACUUGAAUGAAACAACAUGUCGCGGCCUCAGGGUGAUGGAUCAUCCCACGUCGAUGUACAACCUACACCAGCAAGUACACGAUGAAGACGCUGAGGGAUUUAAAGAUUCUAAUAAACAUGCAUCCACUUCAGCGAAUGAUUCUACGGGUCGACCGGCAUUCCCAGACGCUGAACUUGAAGAAUCUGGCAAAGGAUCUUCAAGACAUAUGGGUCCAGAACACGUCGAAGUCAUGGAAGAUUCCAGUGACUCCGAAGGCGAACAAGAACCUUUAUCUCAAGAUACGAGCAGUUACAGGAGAUCUAGUAGGGAAAAUGGAGCAGAAUUAGAGCAGGAUGUCGGUAAAUUAUCUCUUAACCAUCCUUAUUAUGCCAACACCGGCGCCAUACCCAAGGGUAGCGCCACAUCGUUACCAGAAUCCAUAUUUACCGGGGACAGUUCGAAUAGAGAAAUAGUGAAGGUAGAUGUUCAUGCCCCCAACGAGCUUGUCCCUCAAAGCAAAUGGCCUUCUUACCACCGUUACGAUCCUCGUAACAACCGACGAUAUCUCUACGACGUACAGGAGGUGGAACCAAGUUACGGAGACGUUGCUCCAACCAUGGACCAAGAGCAAGUGAGAGAUUCAGGCUGCAGUGAAGGAUCAUCACAAACUGAUAUCGGGGAUGUCAUGGAAUUCAACGGCCCUGAACAACCAUCAUAUAGCGUCAAACAAGACCACAGAAAUUUGAAGAAAAUUCCAGAAGGGAAUAAUCAUGAAUCUCAUAAGCCUUUACCGGACAACAAUAGUUCUAGUGCUAACACCAACGAGCAAAUGUCGGGCACUAUCAGCUACCAAAAUAAAGUCCCUCCAACUAAAAGCAGUGAAACCGAGAAAACUAAGUACGAUGAUAAAUUUUUGACGGAGUAUGGCAAGCACUGUUACCCCGUUGCUCCUGCGCACAACAGUCAGGAGGCUGCGGUCUACCUCGAUAUGGACAGGUACCGCAUCCAGCAAGCCGUGCGUCGUCUGUACGACGGCUACCUGACGGAGGGGCGGCUGGAGCAUCGUAGAGGGAAGGCGGCUCUGGAGUCCUCCUUGGAACACGACUCCCAUAAUGACUCCGGCUACUCCACCAGGAUGUGCACUGCGUCCCAAGGCCCCUCACCCGCCCUCUCCGGAACGUCCGUAGCCCAAGAUGGUUCAGGCAGUGAGAGCAGAAGUGGGCACUCCACCUCAAGCCCCAACACAACAGUCAUCGCAUACCCACACAAACCUUGUAGCGGAGUACACGCCACAGACAUGGUACCACCAUCCUUGUCUGUACCUCAUCUUGCUACCAGUCAACCUACGAGCGCACCAGGGAACAACCAUUAUUCAAGCAACCACGUCUCUGACGCACCAUUGAGACAAGCACCGACUUCGAACCACCCUCAGUAUGCAGGGCAAAUUCAUCAUAAUAAAUAUCAUCACAGUGCCAGUUUGCACGACGUUGCAGCUGCACAACAUUAUCCUGUUGAUUAUCAUCAGUCUAAUCCUGCGUUGAACCAUUAUUGCAAUUCUACAAUGGAUCAACAUAAUUAUGGUCGUUAUCCAACAGGAGUUCUUCCUAAUGGGCAGCAUGACGUUGCUACAACUUACCUUACGCGCGUUCCGUACAACCAUUCCUCAACCCACUUUAACCCGUCCAAUGCAGCCCUCAAAACCCACUUUAACCCACCUAAAGCAGCCUACGCAACCCACUUUAACCAGCCCCCGGCCGCCCACUCGGCCCACUUGAUUUCCCAAUCGACUAACAACAACGCCCACUCUAUUCUUGACGUCAUCACUGUCGGGGAAUCGUCCUUAGUUUAGCACCGAAAAUUUAUGAAUGAAAAUUAAAUAACAAAAAUGUAUUAAUCAUUUUGAUUAAGAUACUUAUUUCUUGUAAACAUUCCUCUUAAAAAUGGAUUUAUUUGUAUUAAAACGUAAUUUGUCUAGUCGAAUGAAAAUGUUAAUUUUGCCGUAAAUUUUGCAGACUCGCUUUAUAUUUGUAUGCCUUACUCCUUUGUUGGAAUUUUAAAUUAUUCUCCGUCGGUUUAUUUGCCUGUACUAAUAAUAUAUUAACAAAAUAAUAUGGAACAAUUUGAUCCGGCGCAUAAACUGCGGUCGAAUUUAUCGAGGAGAAUUGAUCUCAACGUUGUAAACUGUUAGCUAUAUUGUAAAUAUAAUUGAAUAAAGGAAAUAUUGUUGCACUAGUGAGGCUACAUUUUUCAGGAUGUUCUACCGCUCUACUCAUGAUAUGACUGCGGAAAUACAUUCCGGAUACUUCAGUAGUUCAGAUCAUACAUGCACAUAGAGCCGUGAUUGUGUUGUAUAUGAUAAGAGUUAUCCUGCAUGUAUAUUAUCUCUGCGAUCGCCUGUGUAAUCAUACCAAAAAUUCUAUUAUAUAUUUUCUUCAAGUG